AUGGCGGACGCAAUCAAUAACGAAAAGGGCCCAAGCUCGGCUCAGAUCGAGAAGGGCAACCUUGAGUAUACUAAAUUCAACCAAGCCGGUUUGCACGACAAAGUCCUUAAUGCUGAGGCGCGACAAGGAACCGCCAACGAGCAUUCGUUGAGCCUGGUUCAAGCCCUUAAAACAUACAAGAGGGCUGCUUUGUGGUCUGUUCUCAUUUCGACCACCGUGAUCAUGGAAGGUUACGAUGUGACUCUCCUCGGUUCUUUCUUCGGUUAUCCUGCUUUCAAGAGGAGGUAUGGUACAUACACCAACGAUGUCAACAAAUGGCAGAUCAGCGCAGAAUGGCAGAUCGGUCUCAACGAUAUAAGUGCAGUUGGUAAUAUCAUUGGCGCACUUCUGAACGGUUACCUCACCCCCAAGUAUGGGCACCGCAAAGUGAUGAUGGGUAUGCUGGUUGCUUUGACCGGUUUCAUCUUUAUAACAUUCUUUGCACCGUCAAUCGAAGUCCAGUUGGUUGGCCAGUUCUUAUGUAACAUUCCUUGGGGCGUAUUUGCUACUACUGGUCCUGCAUACGCUGCGGAGGUGGCACCUCUCGCUCUCAGAGGCUACCUUACUGCGUAUAUAAACCUUUGUUGGUGCAUUGGCCAGUUCAUCUCAGCUGGCGUUCUCAAAGGGCUUGUUAACCUCGAAUCGGAUUGGAGUUAUCGAAUUCCAUUUGCUAUUCAGUGGAUUUGGCCAGUACCUCUGUUCAUUGCAGCUUUAUUAGCACCCGAAUCUCCAUGGUUUCUCGUCAGAACCGGCCAACUUGAGAAAGCGCGUCGCUCACUUGAGAGGCUCUCGCAACCGGAGCACAAUGUCGACUAUGAAACCGCGAUCGCUCUGAUGGUCCACACCGACAAGAUCGAAAAGGAGGAACGAGCUGGUAUCAAUUAUUGGGACUGUUUCAGAGGCACAAAUCGACGCCGUACCGAGAUUGCCUGCAUGGCCUUCCUCUCCCAGAUCACAGAUGGUGGAGCGCUCUGCUACAGUGGCACAUUCUUUUUCCAACAGACUGGUAUUAGCGACGACACCUCCUAUGCUAUUGGUCUCGCGGGAACAGCUAUUGCCUUUGUUGGAGUUAUUGUCUCCUGGGUGUACAUAUCUAAAUUCGGUCGCCGUACAAUUUGGCUAAGCGGUUUCUACGUAUUAGUCGCUGUACUGUUCACAAUCGGAAUUCUAGCAUGCGUUCCAAACCAGACUACAGCGCUUGCGUGGGCACAAUCGUGUCUCUGCCUAGUCUGGCUUGGAGCAUACUCGAUGAGUGUUGGUCCAAUCGUCUACACUAUUGUCGCCGAGAUUGGAUCAACUCGUCUCCGAACACAAACCGUUGUGCUUGGUAGAUCUACUUACUACGUUGGAAACAUUAUCGGCGGAGUACUUCAGCCCAAGUUCAUGUCGCCAACUGCCUGGAACGCCAAGGGAAAGACCGCAUUCUUCUGGGGAAGUUUGUCCUUCUUGACCACUGUCUGGGGCUACUUCCGUCUCCCAGAAACAAAGGAUCGAACAUUUGCCGAAAUGGAUUUCAUGUUUCAGAAGGGCGUCUCUGCCAGGAACUUUGCUUCGUAUCAGAUCGACCAGGAUGAGGAGUUCUUGACUCAUGAGUAG